GCGGGAGGCGGGCCGAACCAUUCCACCGGCGCUGAGGGGAGACACACAUUCUCAUGCACUUCUCCAUGUCUUUUCAUUCAUUGCGUGAUAAUAUUUUUAAUUCGAGUGUUUUCCGUCUUGUUUUUAAAUCUGAGUGUUUAUAGAGUGGCCUCUGAGGGAGUAGACAUGCAGAAGGGAGUGAAGAUGAAGAUGACAUCUGAUCAGACCACAGAGGAUUUUAUUCCAGGAGACAUAGUGUUUGCUAAGAUGAAGGGUUAUCCUUUCUGGCCUGCCAGGAUUGGUGAAGGAAAAGCCCCCCAAAAUAAGAUCCCCAUCUUCUUUUAUGGAACACACUCGACAACGUUUCUCUUCCCCAAAGACAUCGUCCCCUACUGGCCCAACAAAGAGAAGUAUGGCCGACAAAUCAAAAGAGGCGGGUUCGAGGAGGGCAUGUGGGAGAUCGAGAACGACCCGGGUGUGGGCCUCAGAGGUCAAAAGAAAGCAGCGCUAGUGAAACGACUGUCAGAGAGUCGACUGAAACCGAGAGACAGGAAGAAGAAGAAAGAAGAAAACCAGACGGGAUCCCGUACGGAUUCAGCGCCGAAGAGGGAAACUCUUGUGAAACCCGGCAAAACAAAGUCUGAAUCCGUCGCGCCGGCAGACGCUAAAACAACCGUAACGAGGUCGACGCGCUCCAGAGAUUCGGUGACAAAGACCGUCACACCUGAGGACAGACGGAUGGAUGAAGUCAUGUCUGCGAGGAGUGUGACGUUGGUGAAGACGCUCGCAGCAGGAAGGAGGAUUUUACCGUCCAGGAAGAUAAUUUUAGCCAGACGUGCGGCAGCAGCAAAGACGCGCUCUGCUCGCAGGAAACACGCGCUGAACAGAAAGAUAAUUUCAACCAAGAAACCGAUAGACGCUCAUAAUCACCAGCAGCCCUUGAGGGUCACGCGCUCCUCUGCGGAUCUGAGCCAGACCACAGACGAAAUCACUGCGACGCCGGUGACUCCGGCCGCUCUGAGACGGAAACACUCGCCAACUGAUUCUGAUGUGAAGGAAGACGCUCGUGUUCCUCUUCCUGUGACGAACAGCUCCAGCCCAGCAGGCUCAAAGAAGAAGCGGCUCACAGAGGAGCAGACGUCUGCACCAGAAGAGCCGAAGAAGAGCGAGGACAUAAUAAACACACAAGACAAGGACGAACAGAAUAAACACAAUCAGACGAACCGCGAAGCUCUGAUUGUCUCUGAAAAGCAGGACGAGACGAAAGAGGAGAAGAAACCGAAAGAUGAAGAGAGGAGCAAGAUCCUGGCCGAGAAGAGGCAGAGCGUGCUGAAGUCACUGCAGGGAUUGGUGACGUCUACAAGAGGAAAGACACAGACCUGCGCAGAGGAGCCGCUGAAACGGCCCGAGAGGAGCCGCGGGGCCCGCAGCGAGAACCGCAGCCCGGCAGAGGAGGAGCAGAAGGGAGAGCCUGACCGCAGGAGCACGGAACAGCAGAACAACAGCAGCAGCAGAGAGGAAGAGCUCAGAGCUCAUUCUUUGUCCGUCACAGACUCUUUACUCUACCGGCUUCAUGGCGACAUCAGGAUCUCAAUGACGCUCGAAAAUCCAGUAUAA